UAUUUAACAACUAAUAAAAAUACAAACUAAAGAUUGCGAGUAUUGACUCAAUUACUAUAUCCAAUUGUAAAUUUUUGUAGUUGAAGCAUUCGUACAAAGAUAAAAUAUUUUUUUAGGUGAAGAAUUCUCAAAAAGCUAAUGCUAAACCACUAGAUGCUUGGGUGAUAGCCAGUUCCAAUGGCAAAGCAAAUGCACAUUGUAUGUGUAUGGCCGGUAAUAGUGAAGUUUGCAGCCAUAUUGCAGCAAUCUUAUUUGCAGCUGAGUAUGCCCACAGCGAGACAGAAGAAGAAGAACCCAAUGCAUGUACAGAUGUUACAGCUAUGUACAUUCUCUGGUGAAAAACUAAUGAGUUUUCAAGCUGUUCGGUCAGAGUGCUUGUUGCGCUCUCUAAACGAACUGAAAUAUAAGACGGCUUUGGCUUCAUGUUGCAGCGAUAUGAAAAUGGUGUCUGUGGAUCUUUUUGUAUGCAAAAAUUUGUAAUAAUUAUUUGAAAUUAUUUUGAGGAUUAUAAGAGUAUGGAAAUAUACAGUGCUAGUCAAAAGU